AUGUCGUCGAACGUGGGGAAUGAAUCAUUAGGGCAGCAAUCGACGUUGACGCGACGACCAUCGCGUAGCGCUGCCAACACUGUAUUCUCCAUGGAGGUGUUUGACAAUGAGGUUGUCCCAUCAUCACUCCAAUCAAUUGCCCCUAUCCUCCGUGUAGCCACUGAGAUCGAGGCUGAUCGUCCUCGUGUUGCAUACCUAUGCCGAUUCUAUGCGCUGGAGAAGGCGCACCGACUGGACCCAAGCUCUAGCGGCCGUGGUGUUCGUCAGUUCAAGACUGGCCUCCUUCAGAGAUUAGAGAGGGAUAAUAACUCAAGUCUUCCUGCUCGGGUCAAAAAGACUGAUGCUCGGGAAAUUGAGAGCUUCUACAAACAAUACUAUGAGAAAUAUGUUGUGGCACUUAGCAAGGGGGAACAAGCGGAUAGAGCUCAGCUCGGCAAAGCUUACCAGGCAGCUGGAGUGCUGUUUGAGGUGCUUUGUGCUGUCAACAAGACUGAAAAAGUCGAGGAAGUUGCUCCUGAGAUUAUGGCUGCAGCAAAUGAUGUCCAAACAAAGAAGGAAAUCUAUGCUCCAUAUAACAUUCUUCCCCUAGAUUCUGCUGGGGCAUCACAAUCCAUCAUGCAGCUAGAAGAGGUGAAAGCUUCUGUAGCUGCUUUGUGGAACACACGAGGCUUAAGCUGGCCAGCCUCGUUUGAACAGCAGCGACAGAAAGCGGGGGAGUUGGACCUUCUUGAUUGGCUGAGGGCCAUGUUCGGCAUCUUAUUCAUAAGUAAACUUGGUGCACGUAUAUAUUUAAACUGGGCUGAAAUAAACUUAAUAUUUAUCGGUUUUACUCAGCUUGACGAUCGAGCUGUUGAUGCACUUAUGAACAAGCUUUUCAAGAACUACAAAACAUGGUGUAAAUAUUUGGGAAGGAAACACAGCUUAAGGCUCCCUCAAUACCAGCCAGAUGUGCAACAGCGAAAGAUACUUUACAUGGGCCUUUAUCUUCUUAUCUGGGGUGAAGCAGCUAAUGUCCGCUUCAUGCCAGAGUGCCUAUGCUACAUUUUCCAUAAUAUGGCAUAUGAACUCCACGGUCUCUUAGCUGGAAAUGUCAGCAUUGUUACUGGAGAAAAUAUCAAACCUUCUUAUGGAGGGGAUGAUGAAGCUUUCUUGCGGAAAGUUAUAACACCCAUUUAUCGAGUGAUUGAAAGGGAAACCAAGAAGAGCAAAAAUGGGAAAGCACCUCACUCAGCCUGGUGCAAUUAUGAUGAUCUGAACGAAUAUUUUUGGUUGUCAGAUUGCUUCUCUUUGGGUUGGCCAAUGAGUGAUGGGGGUGAAUUUUUCAAAUGGACACAAGAUUCAGCAAAGGGAAAUCAAGCUCCUCAAAAAAAGCCAGGAACGAUGGGGAAAUCAUUUUUUGUGGAAAGCCGGAGCUUUUGGCAUAACUUUCGAAGUUUUGAUCGUCUUUGGACAUUUUACAUACUUGCUCUUCAGGCCAUGAUUAUCAUCGCAUGGAGUGAUGUUUCUAUAUUAGAUAUUUUCCGGAAGGAUGUCUUGUAUGACUUGUCAAGCAUUUUUAUCACGGCGGCCUUUCUUCGCUUCCUACAGAGUAUGUUGGAUCUCAUUCUAAACUUCCCGGUGUAUCUUAGAUGGAAGUUCACUGAUGUAUUGAGGAACAUCCUCAAGAUAAUUGUCAGCCUUGCUUGGUCCAUUGCUCUUCCACUAUGCUAUUUGCACCAAAACAAUUCAUUUUCAUUUGGCAAGAUCAAAGAUAUGCUCUCCUUCCUAGAUAAGAUUAAGGGAGUGCCUCCGUUGUAUCUCAUGGCUGUGGCUGUAUACUUGCUACCCAAUCUACUGGCAGUAACUUUGUUUCUUUUCCCAAUGCUACGACGUUGGAUUGAGAACUCGGAUUGGCUUAUUGUCAGGUUUUUCCUAUGGUGGUCACAGCCUAGAAUCUAUGUGGGAAGGGGAAUGCAUGAAAGUCAGUUUGCCCUAAUCAAGUACACUAUCUUUUGGGUACUGCUUUUAUGUUCAAAAUUCGCAUUUAGCUAUUUUAUCCAGAUAAAACCUUUGGUGAAGCCCACUAAAGAUAUAAUGAGAAUCCGCCAUGUCACGUUUGCUUGGCAUGAGUUCUUCCCAGAUGCUAAGCACAACUAUGGUGCUGUUCUUUCACUUUGGGUGCCAGUUAUCUUGGUUUACUUUAUGGAUCCUCAGAUCUGGUACGCCAUAUACUCCACCAUAUAUGGUGGUUUUAUUGGGGCCUUUGAUCGUCUCGGCGAGAUACGGACUCUGAGCAUGCUAAGGUCACGCUUCCAGUCUUUACCUGGUGCAUUCAACGCUUUUCUAGUACCUUCUGACAAAAGGAGGAAGAGAAGGUUUUUUCUCUCAAAGCACUUUAAUGAGGGUUCAACAAGCAAGAGAAGUGAAGCUGCAAAAUUUGCUCAGUUAUGGAAUGAAAUAAUAUGUAGCUUCCGCGAAGAAGAUCUCAUAAGUGACAGGAAAUGA